AUGGAAUUGCUUUGGGGUCUUUUAUUACUGCCUUGUAGUUUGCACGUUACAUUCUUAGAGCAGCCACGCACUCUCUUUUUUCCAUGCAUCCGACCUAACAACAAAGAGAGGUCUCUAAUCUUUUUCAUGCCAUCACUUCAAGCACCGCAAAGGUUAAUACCACAGGUAUUUCAGCCAAUAAUACUGAUCCCUUUAAUAAUUCGUCUGCCUUUAAACACUGCAGUGCAUUCUGGUGGUGUCGUAUUUCUUAGCCAUAAUAGCGAUGAAGGCUUUUGUUCCACUCCUUGCUUUUCCACACCCCGCUAUCACGUGUGUGUGUCUGUGUGUGCGUGCCUUUCAAGCUAUUCCCUCAUUACUUUCCAUGGCUUUCCUUCUCCAUUUUCUUAUUCAGCGGCCGUGAGUGCCUCAGUUUCUCCACUCAUUCAACACAACAAACAGUUUUUUGCGACUACGAUGCAAAUAUAUAACAUGCCAUUUCCCACAACUUUUCCUGCUCUUUUGUCUUUAUGUUCCAAGUUCGAAAUAUCCAUGCUUCCCGAACUCAUUUUUUUAUGUGUUUCGCCUGGCAUCAUUUUCUCCAGUCAAUCCUCUUUUAGUUAUUUGUCUGUCUUUUUCCAAAGCAACACUUCCUUCCGUUACUUACAUUAA